UUCGCUAUAUAAGGCCCAGCUGGCUAAGGCUAAAUGUUAGUUGAAUCUAUUCAAGUUAAAGUGACGGUAUACCUAUUUCAAAAUGCGAGGUGGGGCUUUCUUACUCGAGGCAAUUAAACUGCAAACUAAUAUCUAUAAAAUAUUCCAGGACUUGCAAGUUCUUGGGUCCUGCAGACCCUGCUGCUGGUCUUGAUGGUUCAUCUAAGCACCCAAACGCGGUUUUUAAACGCUACUGACGAUAUCUGUCGACUUUUCGCGGAUGGAACCAAACUCCGAAAGCCCGGAACCUGCAACGAGUAUAUCAAGUGCGACAACUAUAAAUCUUUGGAUAGCACCAGCUGCUCGGGAACUACGCCGUACUUCAGUCUUACCAAAAACGAUUGCUACAAGACAUUGGACACCACCUACUGCUCAGCACCUACGUGCAAAAAGGUGGCAACUGGUUACAUUGGGGAUACCCUGAAUUGCGCCAAUUGGUACUACUGUGAUGCAGAUGUGCUAAAGGGCCAAGGAACCUGCGGCUCAGGAAUGUACUUCGAUCAAGUCACCCAAAGGUGCGUUUAUCCCAAGGAUGCUGUUUGCACCGCCUCCUACGAGAUGUGCGACAUUGUGCCCGUAGGUGUGAAUUUCCGCGAUGAGGCCAAUUGCAACAAGUACUACACCUGCAGCAAGACCUUCAAAUUGGUGCAGUCCACCUGCGGCACUGACGAAUAUUACAAUGUGGCCACGGGUAAAUGUGGGCCCAAAAAGGACAUUGUCUGCGAGAACCAUCCACUUCCAGAGGACGCCUGCGGCACCAAGAAGCUGGCUGUGCGUGGCAAGUUCGUUUCCGAUGGCGCCACAUGUCGCGGCUACUACUACUGCCGCGAUCUUGGCUCUGGAAUCCCCGAUCCCGAUCCCAUUUAUCAGCAGUGCGACAAGAACUACUUCUUCAACCAGACGCGACAGGGUUGCAUGCCUCGCGAGAGCCAGAAGUGCGCCUACGAUCGGUGCGAUGGCAUCGAGGAUGGCUACGAAGUGGCCGAGGACGUAGGAUGCCACAACUACAUCAAGUGCGUCGAUGGCCGGGAGACCACACCGUUGAGCUGCGAAAAGGGGUACUACAAUGCUGCCACCCAAAGUUGCAGCGACUCUCAGAUAACUUAUGGAGCUUGCGCCGCCUAGUGGCAAAGGCCAUUCCAGAAAAAAUUAACUACUAUUUUAUAUUUGCAAUUAAAAAUAAUGCUUGUGAUUCGA